ACAACAGUAAUGGCGGCGUAACGAUGCACGCUAAGCGGCUAUGCUUUAGUUUAUAAAAGCAUGUCGUUUAAACACUUAAUUUAAUAAGUAUGUCUCUGUCUGGUUAGUUAAUUUUCGUUCUCUUGUAAAGCGCAGUUGACAAUCUUCUACAUAAUACAGAUCUUAUAAUUCUGGACUGAGAUGCCGACUCGUAUCUUCGUGCAGCUCGUCGUGGCUUUUGGUGUGAUUUCUCCGCUCUGUACACAUUCCCAAGAGUUUACAAACCAACCUCCAGUGGAUCUGAGGGACUACUCUUUUACAAAUGGUGUGAAUUCAACAGCAAGCUUUACAACGGAGGCAAAUGCUCCAGACCUCACCACACAGGAGUUCGGACCCAGAGCCAAUACUGAUGGUCCAGUCGUGUCCACGGUCCAAACCCCAAUCACACAGCCUAUACAAGCUUCUGAUGGUUGCAUCUGCAACGUCACUCCAGAUUUCUGUGAUAUCGGCUGCUGCUGUGAUGUCGUGGACUGCGGUGUGGCUGAUCUGAGUUCUGUGUUCAAUAAUUGUAGGCAAGAAACAAGGACUGGAGUGUGCAUCGAGAGCUGGCUGAUGUUCCGAGCCAACGUGGACCCUCAGCUGGUGACAGACACUGGUUCUCUGUUCUGUGUUCAGACAGCAAAUGAUUCAGACAUCACAGCACAGACUGCCCCCAGUGCCUCUGAAGGGCUGUCCUCCAUCUUUUCUCCUCACUUCUCACUAGUGGAGACUAACAGAAUUCAGAGCUCGAGUGUUUAUAAGGUUGAUGAUGUCAUUCUGACAUAUUACAACACCACAUCCAUAUUGAGCGUGCUCAGACAGCCAUCGUCGGGCACGGCGUCUUCCUCCUGUGUCGAACGCAAUCCUGCGAAGUUUCUGCGUUCUGGCUCUUUGUCCUGUUCCCGAGUUGUGAGUGCUCAGGCAUGUAGAAGAGACAGCAGUCUGAGUUUUAGCUCCUAUUUUACAGGAUUCAGUCUCCUAAGGUUGAUGGACCUCAAACUUUUACAGGUUCCACGUCCUUCAGAAUUGGACAUUUCAAAGAAUAUGAUUCCCAUUAUCCCAUUGGUCAACCCACCUGAAAUCACUGAGGACAGUGGUUCCUGUAUGAACAUAGUGACUAAGGUGGAGUAUGUGAUUACAUACACCAACGCAGGAGAAAUUACAGCAGCGAUGAUAAACGUCAAUGUAACAAAUGCUAGGUUUGGAACCCAGAUAAUGCAGCAACACACUGUGCAGUUUCAGUUGGCCACACCCUCAUCAUCUCCUCCUAAAUUGCCAUUGGUUGGCUUGGAGGUUGGGACUCCAGUGAUUGGCUGGGUUGGUGGACGAGCUGGACCUCUGACGAUACCAGGACUUUCCCUGGGAGGAGAGUGCUCUCCGGACCUGACCAACCGGGCACCCAUCCUGUUCACACACAACACCAUCACUGGUUGCACCUUCAGAUCAGAGUCAUCUGACUGUGCCUCACUAAGAGCUCAGAUCUACAGCAUCCUACGUGGGACGAUGACCCCCGACACAGUUGCCAUGACGGCGGGCUCACAGCCACAACAGAGCAGGGUGGUCAUGCAAGAAUGUCCAGAACCUUCUCCGGGAGAGGUGUGUAAGACGGGGUGUCUGGUGCCUGUCUCUCUGUCAGUCAGGUUCCUCUGGGCUCAGAGAGGAAUGUUGGCUCUGCCCCAGAAUCAUAUCCUAGGUGUCAAAUACAUCUUCAGCUGUCAGAUCCUCAAGUGUCCUAUCCUUUCUCCUCUUCCUCUGACUGCUGAGGUGAUUUUCUCGGACACCACCAUUUACCCAGAACCCCCCAGGGCCAAACCCCAACCUGAAUGGAAGUUUCCAUUCGGGUUCUUCACCAGGGGGGCAGAAGAGCUAGAUGGACUAUAGGACAUGAUAAAGUGAAGAAGAAUUUCUAUUCAUUCUUCCUGUAAAUUAUAUUUAAACAAUAAAGUUUAUAUUUAUUGUAA